AUGGGCUAUUUGAUCAAUUUGAGGAAUAAGUACUUUCCACUAAUGAGAUAUAUGUAGUAAUAACUAUCAUGUCAACAUUUUCUUAAGCUGAUAACAACCAUACAACAAAAGCAGCUCUUUGCAUUCCAGUUUCUCCCCUUAAGAUUUUGAUGUACUGGUAAUCAUGUUUUGUUGCUACAUUUGAAGUGAAUUUCUGUUAUUGUCGAUCAGCAUUGUCGAUCAGCAGUGAUAGUUAUUUCUAGCCUGGGUCUACAAGGUGCAGUGUUCAAAUCCCACAUGGCGCUAGUCAUUUGGCAACAUAUUACCUUGCAGGAAUGCUUUGAACUGGUUAGAUCUCGACAAAAUCCGACAAGAUAUGGUGUACUCAGUUUGAUAUUAUUGUUGAGCAGAUAUUUCCCAAGGUGAUGUUACGUACAAAAGAUCAGACGUUUGGAAGAAUACAGUACUGCCUGAGAAGAAGCGACCCAGAAUUGACCACAUUGACUUUGCUAAGAUGAAGCAGAAGACUACAUUAAUUUGAAUUGAAACUAGAACUGAAAUAAACAAGUAGUUUGUAAAGACACUGACUAGAAAUACAGUAAAUAUCAUCUGAAAGGUACUAAUUGAAGCGUGAGAUAAAAUGAGUGGCUUGGAGGAUAGUGAUCCUGAAGUUGAUGAGUGUGCAGUGCUUCUUGUUAACCCAGACAGGUCUAGGUCUGAGGCAUCUUUCCACAGAGGCAGACAGAGAGCCAAUGCAGGAAACAGGCAAGCUAACCAAGAACGACAGAGGGAUAGAAAUCCACCGCCAAUGGAAGAAGAUGAAGAAGAUGAGAUGCUCAAGUAUGGAGCUAAGCACGUUAUCAUGCUCUUUGUGCCUGUCUCACUCUGUAUGUUGGUUGUCGUGGCAACAAUCUCCACCGUAUCUUUCUACACAGAAUCUGGGGAUGUUUACCUGAUAUACACUCCUUUCCACGAAAAGUCUGAACAAGCUGGAACUAAAGCAUGGAAUGCCUUAGCAAAUGCUCUUAUUAUAAUUGGCAUAGUUCUUGUCAUGACAAUAUUUCUGGUGGUUCUGUAUAAAUACAGAUGUUAUAAGGUUAUCCAUGGCUGGUUAGUCUUGUCAUCUCUUCUUCUUCUGUUUUUCUUCACAUUCUUUUAUUUACAAGAAUUGCUGGUAACUUACAACAUACCAAUGGAUUACUUUACCAUAGCAGUAAUCAUGUGGAACUUUGGUAUGGUUGGUAUGGUUAGCAUACAUUGGAAGGGACCAUUACGUCUCCAGCAGCUCUACCUCAUUGUCAUAUCUGCUCUCAUGGCUCUUAUCUUCAUCAAAUACCUCCCGGAAUGGACCCUCUGGACCAUCCUGGCAGCCAUUGCCGUUUAUGAUUUAUUUGCUGUGCUAUGCCCCAAGGGUCCUCUCAGAAUGCUGGUAGAAACUGCUCAGGAGAGAGAUGAACAGAUAUUUCCUGCACUCAUCUAUUCAUCGACAAUGGUGUGGUUAGUAGGAAUGGCAGAUGUUGAUUCAAUGCAACAGGCAUCUAAAGGAAAUAAAAAACAACCAGCAGCUGAAGAAAGUGAAACUGGUGGUGAAACGAAUCAAACAGUGUCAGGUGAACAAGAGGAUGCCAACGGUGGUUUUGAUACUGUGUUUACUGAGCGAAGAGAUAGAGAUCUAGAGAGGAGUACAAACUCUAGCGUUACCUCUGAAGAUAGGAGAGCUGCUGUCAGGGCAUUGAGACAGAAUAAUGCACAGAAUAAUAGACAGCCUACGGUAGAUGAGGAGGAAGAAGAAGAACGUGGUGUUAAAUUGGGUCUUGGAGAUUUUAUUUUCUACAGUGUGUUAGUAGGGAAAGCAUCAGCAUCAGGAGAUUGGACUACAACUGUAGCUUGCUUUGUAGCAAUUCUUAUUGGUCUUUGUUUAACACUUAUUCUUCUUGCCAUAUUUAAGAAGGCCCUUCCUGCUCUCCCAAUCUCCAUAGCUUUUGGCCUUGUAUUCUACUUCUGUACCUCCAACCUAGUGUUCCCGUUUACAGAUGAGCUUGCAAGCCAACAGGUUUACAUAUGACAUCAUACAUCUUUUAAAAGUUCCUAAUGAUUUUAUAUUGUUCUGUUUCAAAAGGAAAGUUUACUUUGAACUUAGUUUGUUUGAAUAAACAAGAAAGAGAGGAACAGACUAGUGAAAUUUUAGCAAAUAAAGAUUGGAACUUGGUAAAUCAUGAACU